AAGAGGUGCAGCACACUGUGUCUUUGACCUGGUCAAAGAUCAGAGGUGAGACGGCUACAAAAUGUCAGCCCUCAAACUGAUUGCGCUUGCUGGUCUCGUUUCCAUUGUUGCUGCACAACAAUGGGGACCUGUUUGUGAAGGGAAUCCCACAAAUAAAAUCAGAGGCUGUGAUAAGUAUGGCUGUGGACACUUUGGUGCUCCAAGAAAGGACAGCAAAGGAGGACAUCGUGGAGUGGAUGUCAUCUGCCAUGAUGGAUCGCAAAUUAUGGCUCCUUUCGAUGGGGUUAUUACCAAAGUGAACAUCUAUAUUCAUGGCAGCACGCAUGAAGGAGUUGAAAUUCGUGGGGGAGGCUUCUGUGUGAGACUGCUGCCUGUCCGCAUUGCUGUCCACAUCAAAGCCGGCAGGGUUCGGAGGGGAGACGUUAUUGGAAGAAUGCUGAACAUGCAACAGGAGUUUCCUGGUAUCAUCUCUCACAUCCAUGUUGAGAACUGUGACUACUCGGAUCCCACUCCUAACCUUAGACCAGUGCCGCCGUCGCCGCCGUUGCCGCCGUCGCCGCUGCCGCCGCCGCCGCCACAGUUUGGAUGGGCUGCUGUGUGUCAGAAUAAUCCUUCAAACAAAAUAAGAGGCUGUGAUAGCUAUGGCUGUGGAUAUUUUGGUGCUCCAAGAAAAAAUGGUAAAGGAAGACAUGCAGGCGUGGAUGUCAUAUGCCAUGAUGGAUUUACAGUCUAUGCUCCUUUUAGUGGUCAACUUUCUGGUCCAAUCAGACCAUUCAGCAAUGGUAAUGCCAUUGACAAUGGAAUCCAAAUUGAGGGAGGCGGCUUCUGUGUGAAACUGCUGUGUAUCCGGCCUGACACCUACAGUGGCUACGUCAGGAAGGGGCAGCGUAUUGGAAGAAUGCUGCCAAUGCAGCAAGUGUUCCCUGGUAUCACCUCUCACAUCCAUGUUGAGAACUGUGACCGCUCGGAUCCUACUUUUCAACUUACAAAUGGACAACAAGGACAGGAAACAUAAAUGGAAACACACAGUAUCUGGAAAUGACUAAUUUCCAAAUAAAAUCAUCUCAGCAUCAAAAAUGA